UUCAAGCAGCCAACCCCAAAAGCGAAGCAAACCUUCGGCCCCCGAUGCUCAAAACAUAUCCAGGAACCAAGGAUACUAAUAUGGCAAAAGCCAAGACUCAAAGGGGCGGGGGAGCAGGUCAGAAUCAUAUUCGAGUUCGGGUUGCGUUCUUAUACAGAGCGUCGACGUAUUUACAGUCCGCCUCUGUAUCAAAUCUUUCCGCCAAAUGCAUCACCAAUCGGACCAUCCAAGGUUCAAACCAUGGAUCUCCUACCCAGGAACAGGCACAAGGUAGUGAAACUGUUCCCAACGACAAAACCUCAACUACAGAUGCCACCGGGGAGUCGAAACAGCCACACCCACAGCCCACACAACAUGUUCCAGUCUCAAAGCUCUCUCGCCAGCUGGCUUCCCAGCUGCGCGGGGUAUCACUCAAGUCGCAGCUGCGACUGUCCCGCGACAUCAAACGAUCAAUCUGCAAAUGCUGUGACUCGCUACUGAUCCCCAACUCGACCUGUGUGGAAACGGUGGAGAAUGCCAGCCGUGGCGGGUCGGAGAAAAAGCCGUGGGCUGACGUCCGCGUGGUUCGCUGUAAUAGUUGUGGCUAUACAAAGCGAUACCCGCAGACAGAGAAGAGAAGCUUGAAGCUUGCGGAGCGCAAGCGGUUGAAAGAGGUGGGGGAUGAUGGCCGGACCGUGACGUCGCAACCGACCACGGCACAGUUACCCGCUGUUCAUGUUGCCCGUUGAAGUUUCAUUGGAGGCCUUGGAUAACUUUGAAAAGAACACUCCGUCGAACGGGAAUGAGACGGCAUACUAGACGGGCAAAAAUCCCGUGCCAAUACGACUACGCCUCGGCGGCUGAACUCAUAACAGUCAUGCAUCCGCGGCCAGCUAAGGAUGCUCGGAGAAUAUUUGAUCCAAUUAGAUCCUUCAAACUUAAUAUCCAGAUUCUGGAAACGGUUACAUCAUGCUGGAUGCUGCAGUGAGCCACGCACGGGGGAGGGAUUCGCGGGUCACCGCCAAAACUUACGAACAACCUCUCGGUAUGAGGCUACACGAUCCACGUCCCACUCCGAAAUACGGAAGUAGGUAGUCAGGACAGCGCAUCGCGGAAACAAGCUUGAUGGGAAAGAUCCAUUGAUGCUCCCUGACAGGCAGUUUGGUGUUUACAUAUGUACGAUGCAAAACGCAACGUAUUAUAGGAGAAAAAAUGGGAUGUCAGAGAGGGAGAGAGGGAGAGAGAGCGAAAUAGCUAGUUAUCUAGUAGCGAUUAAACAAAUAACCAUAGCGCUCCAUGAUGUUGUCUCCCAGGUCAUAUUCGCUUUGCGCCGUGUGGCCUGGACAUGGCCCUCAAGCACACAUGUAAGACCGAGGGGAGAUUCUCUAAGUUUCCCUUGACCGUUCCUAUGCAUAAUAGUACAGUAUAUGUACAUGUAUAUAGAUUCUUAGGUCUAGAAGGGUGGAAUUCAUAUUGGCUAUUUCUAGUAAUUCACCAAUGUGAGCAAUAACUGGCCAUGCAGUGAGCUAGUCUAUCCGAUAGGUUCGAAAACAGAAGAUAAAAACCAAAAAAAAAAAAAAAAAAAAAAAA